AUGGCAACGGAGACGGAGCCCGCCGCGCCGCCGCGCCCCCUCCUCGGCCCUCCGGUCAUCCGCGGCGCGCGCCCGUCGCGCCCCUUCGUCGGCGUCCUCGACGCGGCCGUCGACGCGCCGUCGGCCGCGGAGAUCAAGGCGGAGCUGGAGCCGCGGAGGGCGCUGACGGAGAACGGCUCCGCCACGUACGCCAACUCGGGCAGCCCCUGCCUCGACUUCUUCUUCCAGGUGGUGCCCGACACGCCGCCCGAGCGCGUGCGCGGCCUGCUCGCUGCCGCCUGGGCGCACGACGCGCUCACGGCGCUCAAGCUCGCCUGCAACCUGCGCGGCGUCCGCGGCACCGGCAAGUCGGACAAGGAGGGCUUCUACGCCGCCGCGCUCUGGCUGCACCAGAACCACCCCCGCACGCUCGCCUGCAACGUCGCCGCGCUCGCCGAGUUCGGCUACCUCAAGGACUUGCCCGAGCUGCUCUUCCGCCUCAUCCACGGCCCCGACGUGCGCAAGCUCGCCAGGGAGAGCGCGGACGCCGAGAAGGCGGGCAGGAAGGAGAAGGACCUCGGCAAGCCUAAGCCUAGGCUGGCCGACUGCAAGCAAGCCCGCGUGCUGGCCCCUGUGCCGCCAAAGCCCAUGUUCGGCGCCUACCUCUCCGCCGCCCUCGCCAUGUCCGGCAGGGGCAGGCCCAUGGAGGUGGAGGCCGCCCCUGUCCCGGUUCAGGAGCCGGCCGAGCAGAAGCCGAAGGUGGACCAGAAGAAGAAGACGGCGGCAACUAAGCGGCGGCCGUCGAAGAAGGUCCGGAAGGCGGCCAAGCUCGCCGUGCAGUCGCUGGAGACGUACUACGGCGACCGUGCCUACCGCUUCCUGUUCGACGCUGUCGCCGACUUCUUCGCCGCCCUCCUUGCGACGGACCUCGAGCAGCUGGCCCUCGACGGCAAGAAGAGGAAGAUCGGGCUCGCCGCCAAGUGGUGCCCCACGCCGGGCUCGUCGUUCGACCGCACAACGCUGCUCUGCGAGGCCAUCGCCCGUCGCCUCUUCCCGCGCGACUCGGACCCCGAGUACGCCCAGCUCUCCGACGAGCACUACACGUACCAAACCCUCCACCGCCUCCGCCGCGAGGUGCUCGUCCCGCUGCGCAAGGUCCUGGAGCUCCCUGAAGUGUACAUGAGCGCGCAGCGGUGGUCGGAGCUGCCCUACACCCGCGUGGCCUCGGUGGCCAUGCGGCGCUACAAGCUCCUCUUCAAGAAGCACGACGAGGAGCGCUUCGACAAGUACCUGGAGGACGUGGAGGCCGGCAAGGCCAAGAUCUCGGCCGGGGCGCUGCUGCCCCACGAGAUCGCGGCGUCCGCCUACCGCGGCGAGGACGACGACGUGUCCGAGCUGCAGUGGCGCCGCAUGGUGGAUGACCUCCGCUCCAAGGGCUCGUUGUGCAAUUGCAUCUCCGUCUGCGACGUGUCCGGCAGCAUGACCGGCACUCCCAUGGAGGUGUGCAUCGCGCUGGGCGUGCUCACGUCAGAGCUCAGCGAGGAGCCGUGGGCGGGCAAGGUGAUAACCUUCAGCGAGAGGCCCGAGCUCCACCUCAUCAACGGCAAGACCCUCCGUGAGAAGAUGAGGUUCGUGCAGCGUAUGGAGUGGGACAUGAACACCAACUUCCAGGCAGUGUUCGACCAGAUCCUCCGCACGGCGGUGGAAGCCCGGCUGGCGCCGGAGAAGAUGAUCAGGACUGUGUUUGUGUAUAGCGACAUGGAGUUCGACCAGGCGUCGGGGUACGACGACGACGAUGACUACUCUGAGGACGACGAAGAGGAGGACGAGGAGGAGGAGAAGCAGCGGUCGUGGAACACAGACUAUAAGGUGAUCUGCCAGAAGUUUAGGGACGCCGGGUACGGGGACGUGGUGCCGCAAAUCAUCUUCUGGAACCUGCGCGACUCCAAAUCGACGCCGGUGACCUCGACACAGCCUGGGGUGGCCAUGGUGAGCGGCUUCUCCAAGAACUUCCUCAAGAUCUUCCUGAAGAAGGACGGCGUGGUGAACCCCGAGGCCAUUAUGAUGGAGGCCAUCGCCGGCGACGAGUACCAGAAGCUGGCUGUGUUCGACUAG